AUGGAAGAAAGACGCAGUGACGUCUUUGAUCCCCUGCCGGAUCGUAGUCACGCGGCGAUCUCGUGGCGAACAGCGGAACCGCAGACGCCGUCGCCACCGCUGCCAACGGACUUUCCGCGGCCGGUGUCUGCACCGCCCGACUUGGAAGUCCCCGAGCCUUUGCUGCUCGCGUCGUCGGGGAUCCAACCGAACUGGUUCUCAAUCGUGGAUAUUCGUGCUGAUAUGGACUAUGAAUCGUUCUAUGAUGCUUUUAAGGCGCAAACGAAACUGCCUCCGCCGUUGGACUCGAGCGUCUUGCGCGGCGACUUUCGAACGGUGCAGCGAGUCCGAAGUCAAAACGAGCGGAGAGAGCACGUAUCCAUGGACGCUGCGCUGGAACAGGCGGGUCACGCGUUGGCUGGUCUAGGGGGUACUGGGGGAGCCUCGCUAACGCCGCACUCGUUGGCAGCGUCAAACCGCGGUUAUGGCGAGGCGAUGCGGUUCACAGAUCCGCACGGGGGGCUCUUAACCAUGGAACAAGUUGCGGUCUCGAGCCACGCGGCUCUGGGCAAAGGGCCUGCGUCGCCGGAUCAGAUGUUAUUCCCCGGAAGCCGAGCCUCACAGAUGAUGGCAGGGAGCGGCGCGCCUGCAGAGGUAUUGCGGCCGGUUGCGAACGCUGGCGCGCUCUUGCGACGCGACGACAGUGACGCCUCCGUGGAGAACUUAAUUUUCCGUGAAACGCUCAAAUACGCCCGACAACUGGACAGGGAGAGUUCGGAAAGCGAUCUGAGCACGACCGCGGAGCGGCGGAUAACCGGCUCUGCGACCCAGACAACGAACGCUGCUAUAUAUCAUGAGGCGGAUCGGCGACUCUGGCAAGCACCGCUCGUCGCUACCACGGUGCUUUACUCGUCCACGAAGCCGCAUCCUGACACUAACGACAAUGCGCUCGCACAGAAGGCUGUAGGCUUGGCGGGCACUCAGGAUACGGACGGCACAAAAAAUCACGCCGCAGCAACAGCAGCUGCUGCGAGCGCUCCCUCUCAUAUUUCCGACAACAGCGCAGGUGCAGGUCGUAUCCCAAGUGGUGGUACCGGCUGUGAAGCCGGCGAACGAUACGAGGAGCGCAGCUCGCCCCGAUCGCGGAACGAACUCGCUGCUGGCAUCCAGCGGGGCGUACCGUCGCGUUCGCAGACUCCAUCGAUGGCUGCUAUUGCAGCCGUGAGUCCGCCCGUUGCCACGAUCACCCCGGGGAGUUGUGCAGCAACCUCCGUCGUGCCGCGCAUCCCAGUGACGACCUCCACGAUGGGCGCUCAAGUGGCUCAGACAUCCACCCUGAUGCCAGCCUGGACAGAAGCUGUUGCGCCAGUCCAGAGUAUGGAGAAUAGUGGCGCCUUUGACAUUCGGGAUAUUCGCGCUCCGCUACCGCACCCGGGUGCCGAGCAUCUGCCGAAAAAACCAUGGAGCACACGCGGGCGUCCCCGUCGAGCUCCGCGAAACACAGCCCGUAGCAGCAUUUAUCUGGGGCAACAUCAAGCGAUGCCGUCUCAAGAGCUGCCUGUUGGACUCGAUGCUGCGGCUUCUGGUCACCAACCGCAUCAUCCUGAGCUUGUCUCGUUCAAGAGUGCUGCUCUUGCGGCAUCCAUUCCGACAAACACAGCGCCUGACGGGGCCUUGAGUGACGCGUCUGCCCCGCUCUCUUGCUUUGCUGGGCGUAUGGCGCUGAUGGCUCGGGAUCAACAGGGAGGCCGCUACCUCCAGGCGCGUCUCGAUGUCAAGAAUGCUGCAGACACGGCGCUUAUUUUCGAGGAGUGUCGACCGCAUUUCGUGGAGCUUGCGAUGGAUCCUUUUGGGAACUAUCUAUGUCAGAAACUCUUCGAGCACUGCAACCGCGAGCAACGGCUAGAGCUCAUUCGACAGAGUGCAUCGCAGCUGGCUCAGGUUUGUAUGGACCCGCAUGGAACUCGCGUUGUGCAGAAAAUGAUCGAGCUUACCGUUGAACCUGAGCACGCCGCACUCAUCGCCCAGGCCAUCUCGCCGCACUGCCUAUCGCUGAUGUGUGACGUGAAUGGAAAUCACGUCAUUCAGCGAUGCUUACAGAGAAUGGAUGUCCCGUUGAGACGCUUUAUCUACGACACCGCCCUCACGCGUUAUCUGGAAAUCGCGAGGCAUCGACACGGCUGCUGUGUACUGCAGCGUUGCCUCGAUCACGCGACGGCGGAACAGCGCAGCAACCUCUGCGCCCUGAUUCUGAACAGUGCCUAUGAACUGAUGCAAGACCCGUUCGGCAACUACGUCGUACAGUACGUGUUAGAGCUCAAGGAGCCGUCGUAUACGAGGGCAAUCAUUCAACGCAUUCGUGGCCACCUUUGGCAGCUUUCCAUGCAAAAGUUUAGCUCGAACGUGGUAGAGAAAGUCUUCACGAUGGCGAACGAGCGAGACCUGCGAUCACUGCUUCACGAGCUUUUAGAAGGCCCACAGUCGGUCGAGAGCAUGCCGCUACAGGUCGGCUCCGAGCAGCACCAACGAAAUAUACGACCCCUGCUUUUCGAUCCGUAUGCAAACUACGUCGUUCAGCGGGCGCUUUCGCUGGCGCCCUCACCCGUGUUUGAAGCGUUGCGGGAAGCGAUUCAACCGCACCUGGCGGAGCUGCGCGGCACACCCUUCGGGAAACGUAUUCAAGCUCGCCUCUCACGGACGCCUUUGCGGACCGGUUCAGCGGUGACGUCCGCGAACGGCUCCAAACGACUCUAG